GGGAGUACAACACACACAUAAAGCCCUCCCGCACUCAAUGCAACAGUCCGCACAGCCUCUCUGCGAACAUAAAAGGAGGAUUUGUGGCCAAACAAAAAUCUGCUCAUAAAAAGGAAGGCUCGAGGAUGUGGCGCACAGGACUGUUCCUCAUUGCCCUUGUUUGUAUGCAGCCAUGUUGCAUAUCUGGAAAGUUCAGUUUUCUCCGCCGCAUGUUUAGAGGCGUCAAGGGUUUUGUUACAUCACAUGUAGACCCUGGGAAACCCCUCAUGCUCACUCCUUACCUGGAGGCUGGCGAAAUUGAAAAAGCUCGUGAAUUGAGUUUAGUUGGCCCUCUGGAAGGUCCAGUUGUGAAAAGCUACUCAGGUUAUUUGACCGUGAAUAAAACAUGCAACAGUAACCUUUUCUUCUGGUUCUUCCCUGCACAGACUCAGCCAGAGACAGCCCCUGUGCUGUUAUGGCUUCAGGGUGGCCCUGGAGGGACAUCGAUGUUUGGGCUUUUUGUCGAGCAUGGUCCUUAUGUUGUUGCUGAAAACCUUACACUGGAGGCAAGGAAGGUAUCAUGGACAUCAAAAUACUCCAUGUUGUAUAUUGAUAACCCAGUGGGCACUGGAUUCAGCUUCACUGACAAAAAGGAAUGCUAUGCACAAAAUGAAGAUGAUGUAGGGAGGGAUCUGUACAGUGCUCUCAUCCAGUUUUUCCAGAUAUUCCACGAGUAUCAGAAGAAUGAUUUCUACGCUACAGGAGAGUCUUAUGCUGGUAAAUAUGUGCCUGCAGUUGGGUACUACAUCCAUACCCACAACCCUGCUGCCAAAGUAAAGAUCAACUUCAAGGGAAUAGCCAUUGGAGAUGGACUGUGUGAUCCUGAAGUAAUGUUGGGUGGUUAUGCGGAGUUCAUGUACCAGAUUGGGAUUGUGGACAAGAGGCAGAAGGAGUCGGUCCAGCAGCAGUCAGACCUAGGAGUAAGCUACAUCAAGCAAAAGAAAUGGGUUAAAGCCUUUGAAGUUUUUGAUAAUCUGCUGAACGGUGACUUGAGUAAAUACCCAUCCUUCUACCAAAAUGUCACAGGCUGUACCAAUUACUACAAUUUUCUACAGUGCACGGAACCAUUGGAUCAGAGCUACUUUUCUAGCUAUUUAUUGCAGCCAGAAGUGAGGCGAUCUAUUCAUGUAGGAAAUCUGACCUUUCACGAUGGAUCAGAAGUGGAACAUCUGUUGAAGGAUAUUAUGCAGUCGGUAAAGCCGUGGUUGGCUAUAUUAAUGGACAAAUACAGGGUAUUAUUGUACAGUGGACAACUUGAUGUUAUUGUAGCGGCCCCUUUAACCGAACGCUUUCUGCUCACUGUGCCAUGGUCCAAGGCUGAAGAGUUCAAAAAUGUGGAUAGAUUCUAUUGGUCCGUCAAUCCCGGUGACACUGAAGUGGCUGGUUACAUCCGAAACGUUGGGGACUUUUAUCAGGUAAUUGUUCGAGGUGGAGGACAUAUUUUACCUUACGAUCAACCUGAAAGGGCAUUUGACAUGAUUGACCGCUUCAUCUCUGGGAAAGGAAACUACAAGUGAAGUGCAGUGUGGCCUGUUGUUUGUUUACAUUUCCUGUUUUAUACAAGACUUCAAAGUGUAAAAAUUCUUCAGCCUCGAGCAUUGUAAUGCAAGUUUGUCUCCAAAGUUGAGACAAAUUUAAGUGAGACAGAUGUCAAAAUAAAUGUUUAAAUAUUGUGCGUUUAUUAUUGGGAAUCCUCUCCUAGUUCAAUGUUUUUGUAUUGCCCACUCUGUCCUGUUGUGCAUUUUGCUGACAAUAUAAAUGAAUGUUUCUUUAAUGGGGGGGAAAGCAAGUUCAAAAUCUGUUUCAAAUAAACUCAAUUUUAUAACUAA